UCGAGGUCGGGGGCACAGCGACAGGAACCCUGCGACUCCCUUGGCUGCACGGCCACCGCUCUGGCCACGACCCGGCGGGGACACUGAGGCCGGGGCUGCGGAGGGGCCGAGGGCGCCCGGGCGGUUCCGGGAACCACAGGCGGGCGGGCCGGGGCGGGGCCUGGCGGGCGUCCAGCAGUUCCGGGGACACCGCGCGGACCCAGGGUUACCGGGACACUCCGCCACCCGUGGCCGGCGUCGGGCGGGCGGUCGCGGGAACGAGCCCGUGGGACGCGGCGCGGGGAAGCCCCACGCGGGCACUGACGCUCCAGGGGACCUGGCCUAAGUGCCAGCGCGCAGCGCACGCCGAGCCAAGACCUGCGGUGGACCGACCCGCGCGGAGACCGACUCGCACGCCGCGGGCCGAGCGCCUGCAGCUCCGCCGAGUGCAGCCGUCCCAGACAGGCUCGCCCCGCGCCCCGCCGCUGUUGCUGCUCGCCCUGCUGCUCCUGUCGCCGGCCUCGGCGCGGGCGAGCGGCCCCCGGAUCAGCCUGCCGCUGGGCUCCAAAGAGCGGCCAAUCCUCAAGUUUGAAGCCCAAAACGUCUCCAACUACACCGCCCUUCUGCUGAGCAGGGACGGCAGCACCCUGUAUGUGGGUGCCCGGGAGACCCUCUUCGCACUCAAUAGCAGUGCCAGCUUCCUGCCAGGCGGGCAGUACCAGCAGCUGCUAUGGCCUGCGGAUGCAGACAGGAAGCAGCAGUGCAGCUUCAAGGGCAAGGACCCAAAGCGCGACUGUCAGAACUACAUCAAGAUCCUGCUGCCACUCAACAGCAGCCACCUGUUCACCUGUGGCACUGCGGCUUUCAGCCCUCUGUGCACCUACAUAAGCGUGGAGAACUUCACCCUGGCACGGGACCAGGCGGGGAAUGUCCUCCUGGAAGAUGGCAAGGGCCGUUGUCCCUUUGACCCCAAUUUCAAGUCCACAGCCCUGGUGGUUGAUGGGGAGCUCUACACGGGAACAGUUAGCAGCUUCCAGGGGAACGACCCGGCCAUUUCCCGCAGCCAGAGCCUGCGCCCCACCAAGACCGAGAGCUCCCUCAACUGGCUGCAAGAUCCUGCCUUUGUGUCCUCGGCCUACAUCCCUGAGAGCCUGGGCAGCUCACACGGUGACGAUGACAAGAUCUACUUCUUCUUCAGCGAGACCGGCCAGGAGUUCGAGUUCUUUGAGAACACCAUCGUGUCCCGCGUGGCCCGUAUCUGCAAGGGCGACGAGGGUGGUGAGCGGGUGCUGCAGCAGCGCUGGACGUCCUUCCUCAAGGCCCAGCUGCUGUGCUCACGGCCUGAUGAUGGCUUCCCGUUCAACGUGCUGCAGGAUGUCUUCACGCUGAGCCCCAGCCCCCAGGACUGGCGCCAAACCCUUUUCUACGGGGUCUUCACAUCCCAGUGGAACGGGGGUACCACCGAGGGCUCUGCCGUGUGCGUCUUCACCAUGGACGAUGUGCAGAGGGCCUUCAGCGGCCUCUACAAGGAAGUGAACCGCGAGACUCAGCAGUGGUAUACGGUGACCCACCCGGUGCCCACACCCCGGCCUGGGUCGUGCAUCACCAACGCUGCCCGGGAGCGGAAGAUCUACUCCUCCCUGCACCUCCCAGACCGCGUGCUGAACUUUCUCAAGGACCACUUCCUGAUGGACGGCCAGGUGCGCAGCCAGAUGUUGCUGCUGCAGCUGCGCGCCCGCUACCAGCGAGUGGCCGUGCACCGUGUCUCCGCACUGGGCCGCACCUAUGACGUCCUCUUCCUGGGCACUGGUGAUGGCCGGCUGCACAAGGCGGUGGGUGUCGGCCCCAGGAUGCACAUCAUUGAGGAGCUGCAGGUCUUCUCGCCAGGACAGCCCGUGCAGAACCUGCUCUUGGACAGCCACAGGGGACUGUUGUAUGCGGCAUCCCACUCGGGUGUAGUCCAGGUGCCCGUGGCCAACUGCAGCCUGUACCGGAGCUGUGGGGACUGCGUCCUCGCCCGCGACCCCUACUGUGCUUGGAGUGGCUCUAGCUGCAAGGACAUCAGCCUCUACCAGCCAGAGCUGACCUCCAGGCCGUGGAUCCAGGACGUUGAAGGGGGCAAUGCUAAGGAGCUCUGCAACAUGUCCUGGGCCAAGCCUCGGUCCUCUAUAACAGCAGGCCGGAAGCCGUGUGAGCACGUCCAGUUCCGGCCCAACACGGUGAACACCUUGGCCUGCCCGCUUCUGUCCAACCUGGCCACCCGGCACUGGCUGCAUGACAAGGCCCCUCUCAAUGCCUCGUCCUCCUACCAGGUGUUGCCCACUGGGGACCUGCUGCUGGUGGGCAGCCAGGAGAGGCUGGGGGUCUUCGAGUGCUGGUCCCAGGAGGAGGGUUUCCAGCAGCUCGUGGCCAGCUACUGCCCGGAAGUGGUGGAGGAUGGGCUGGCACACCGAACAGACCGGGGUGGCAGCGUCCCUGUCAUCAUCAACACAUCACGGGUGAGCGCGCCAGCUGCCGGCAGGUCCAGCUGGGGUGUGGACAGGUCCUACUGGAACGAGUUCCUGGUGAUGUGCACACUCUUCGGGCUCGCCGUGGUGCUUCUGUUCCUGUUCUUCCUCUACCGGCACCGGGACAACAUGAAGGUCUUCCUGAAGCAGGGGGAGUGUGCCACUGUGCACCCCAAGACUCGCCCUGUGGUGCUGCCACCUGAGACCCGACCGCUGAACGGCGUCGGCCCCCCUAGCACCCCGCUGGACCACCGAGGCUACCAGGCUCUGUCAGAUAGCUCCCCAGGGCCCCGGCUCUUCACGGAGUCUGAGAAGAGGCCACUCAGCAUCCAGGACAGCUUUGUCGAGGUGUCUCCCGUGUGCCCCCGGCCCCGAGUCCGCCUGGGCUCUGAGAUCCGUGACUCUGUGGUGUGACAAGGCCACCCUGGCUUCAGAGCUGUGACUGCUCGGACAGCGUCAGCUGGACUUGCACCUCACAUACGGCGGGGGUGCCUGCCCUUGGGAGCCUGGGGGCCGCUCAGCCUGCUGUUCUGCAGCCACGCGCAAGGCCCCUGCCACCCAGCUUGGUGUCCCGACGGUCCUCUAUGAAGAGGGGGUCUAUCCUCCAGGGCCGGGCAGCUGCCUGGUUGGGCAGGACAGUGCUCCUUACAUAAACUGAGCCCUUUGUUUAUAAAACAGCUGAAAAUGUGAAACCAGAGGGUGCGGGAAGAGACAGUGGAGAUGCCUCACACACACACCACCACCAGUUCCCCUUCGCCUCCCAGCACUGCUGGGGACACAUCCCAAGUGGUGCAGGACAGAUGAAAACCCUGCGCCAACUGGCCUCUUCUACCUUUGCCUUAGCCUCCCGCCCCGCUGCUCCUUCUCACCAGAGCCGGUGGCCAGUUCAUGCCAGCUGGCCAGGAUGUAGCUCGUUGCUAUCAGCUGCACCUCAGGGACCAGAGGGCUGGCUGGCUCUGCAGCCCUCCCCAGGACCUGGGCUCAGAUCCCGCUUGCGGACCUUUCCAGCCUGUAUCAGGCUGUGGCCACAAGGGAGGAGUGUGAGCCCAGGAGUUUGUGACCACGUGGCCCUUGGCCCUCAGGAAGAGACUGCUGAUUGCCUUCCUUCAUUCCAGCCUGAGAACUGUGUGUCCUUUGUAGCACGUCAGCCCCUCUUCAGACUCGAGCACAGGGAACUCAGUGGAGCCUGGCUUCUCCCCAGCCCUGUUCCCCGCCUCACUUGUCUCCACUUCAAGGGAUAUUUACACUGCCCAGCACAGGGUCCCGAACACCUGUGGGUUUUGUAUUUUUUUUUAAUAAAAUGCACUUUACUUUUUCUUUUUUAAAAGAAA